UGAAGAUGGAUCACCACAGUGAAUACAGAAAGAAUACUACCAAACAAGAUAGUAUUUAUUUGUUGAUAGAAAAUUCAUCUAUGCAACCGGUUACAAUAUGUGUCAAAAUUUCAGUACUAAUCUAAAUGGAUUUUAUUUCAUUCUAAUUUAAACAUACUUCUAAAAGAAUAUAUGCCCACAAAAGUCGAUACCGAUGAUUCUCUUGCUCGAAUUAAAUAUCAGUCAGUCAUAAUAUAGAACUUGGUACGUACAUACAUCAGUUCGAGUUGCUAUACCACAUUAAUACAGAGAUGUAGCUGUCGAUAUAUACAAUAUUAUAUGUAUAUAUUAACUAUAAAGUAGAAUAUUUACUUUACCUACAUAAUUUUCUACUUAUUUAUAUACUGUUGUUAUGAUAGUUUAAUAUUUUAACACCAUUUAUUCAAUAUCAAGUUUAGAUUGUGAUGAUGACGAUGAUUAAUUCAAUGAAAGUUAAUUCAUUCUCCUUCUGUAUGAUUAUAUUCUAUCAUUGUAUUCAUUCAAAUUGUAAUACAUUAUUACAUCAACAUAAGAGAUCAAUUCAUUCUGAUUUUCAAGAACAACAACCAAUUAUGAACACUACGAUCACCACAUCAUCAUCCUCAUCCUCAUCAGAUCUAUUUAGACCUCUUAAUUGUACAGUAGAUUAUCAUAUUCAAUUAGGUUUAAAACCAGAUAAUCAACAUAAAGAAGAUACUAUAUUUAAACAUUCUACUCAAACACCAAUAUUAAGUGUAGGUGCAUAUCAAUGGAUUGAAUUAACAUGUACAUGUUGUUGUAAAUAUACUGAACAAUGGGAACAAAUUAUUAAAACACAAUUAACACAAUCAAUCAAUCAAACAGUAGUGAUUAAUCAAUCGUCAGUAAAUAAUAAUAAGACGGCAACAACUUUAUUGUAUAAGAUUACAUCCUCUAAUGGUCAUGUAAUUGCAUUAUCACUUUCUAAAAGAAUACAUUCUAAUAUUCAUUUAUAUCAUUGUGAUAAUACUACUGAUAGUACUACUUAUAAUAAUCAUAAUAAUUCUUUAUGUAUUACUUUAUAUUUAGAGAUAAAAUGUAAUACAACUAAUGGAUUUUAUAUACAUGCAGAGAAUUUAGGUCAUAGUCAAAUUACUACUUCAUUAAUAUGGAUAAAUAGUACAUCAAGAAAACAUAUUGAAUCAUUAACAAAAUUAACUGAUUCAUUACAUAUCAUUGAUGAUUAUUAUCAUCAACAGAAUAGAUCAACAGCAGCGACGUCGACAGUGACAACAACAAUCACUAGUUCAGAAAGUAUAAAACAACAUCAAAUACAAUUAAAAGAAGAAACAUUAUAUCAAUUAACAAAUAAAGGAUAUACUAUUACAAUACAAGAUCCAACACAAAUUAAAAUUACCGAAGCCAAAAUUUAUGUACCAAAAGAACAAGUGAAUUACCAUGACAAAUUAACAGACGAGUUGGGUAAUAGCAACAAUGAUAGUUUAAUACAAGAUGAAAGUCAUGGUAUAUGGAAAAAUUAUCUAUGGUUAACAGUAUUAUUGAGACCACAAAAAUUUUAUAUUACAUCUGAUUGGAGUUCAGCAGUAAUUGCUUUUAUGCUUGCAUUAUCUGUUGGUUGUUGUAAUGAUCCAAUUAUGAUUAGAGAACAAUUAAAUGAACCAAAAGCUAUAUUGACCGGUUUGUUUUAUCAAUUGAUUAUAAUCCCAAUGAUGGCCAUAGGUUUUGGAUUGGUUUUUGGUCUAGACAUCGAUCAAGCAUUUGGUUUAUUCAUUUGUUCGACUGUACCUGCUGGUGGAUUGGCUUAUUUGAUGACUUAUUUAAGUCAUGGAGAUAGACAACUGUCAGCGGCAUUAUCUCUAAUCGCAAGUAUCACUGAUUUAGUGAUUAUGCCACUUUGGGCUAUAACAGUUGGAUGGUAUUGGUUUAAUCGUCCAAUUAAUAUUGGGAAAACAUUUGGCUGGCUAAUGCUUAUAGCUUCAGCACAAAGUAUAGGAACUUUAAUGAGAGGAUGUCAGCCAGGUUUGGCACGUGCAAUUCUAACAUGGAUAACUAGACCACUACUUUUAUUAUCUGGAAUACUGCUUGUGACUUUGGGUGUAUAUAUUAAUCAUUAUGCUUUUAAUGAAGUUACUCAAAAUUUAAUUUUUGCCUUAUUAUCGCUUAAUAUAUGCGGAUUUGCAAUUGGUUGGCUUGUAGGAUUAAUAACUAAUCAAGGUUGUGCAAGAUCUCGAACAUUAUCUACGGCAGCUUCAGUGUUUAAUGGUCUUUUGUGUAUACCUUUGCUAAGAACAUGUGUACAUGCACCAGAAGGUGAUUUGGCGGCUGUGGCAGCUUUGUGGACAGUUUUAUUUACACCUAUUCCAUUAGCUUAUCAUGCAGUAGUUACAAUAGUAGAAAAAUGGUUAAAAAGUUAUAUACAAAAUCGAAGAAAACAACGUGAAGAAGAGAAAAACUGCAUGGCUACUCUGAUAGGCGGAAAACAACAUGAAUUCGGUGCUGCAUCUGUUGCUGCUGUAGCUGCAGCAGCGAUUGCAGUGACACCAGCUAUUGCAACUAGAAAUCUAUCUAAAAACGACAAAAAUUCAAUUAUCCAAUCAGAAAAGACAAUUAGUAAUGACAAUGAAAUUGAUAGUUCUUGCGUGGAACAAUCACCACUACCAAAAGCAAUGGUAAACAGUGAAACUAUGGUGAAGAUGCGUCCAAGUACUGUUACAACACCAGUUAAUUCAAACAAUCAUCAUUGCAACAUGUUUACGUUAAAUACAAUUGAAUUAGACUGUGAAAAUCAUGAAGAGAAUGCCAGACAGCACAGAUUUAAGCAUUUGUAUGGUGAACAACUUAAGUCAGUUGACGGUGAAUUAAAUUUAGAUUCAUUUGCUAACAACAACAGUAACUCAUUACUGGAUGAUAACGAAAAGAGAUCAUCGGGAUUCAUAACACAACAGCUACGUGAUAAAAGAACCAAUUGGCUUACAGAUUUUACAGGUCUCAAAAAGCAACAACAGGAAGAAAGGAGUAAUUCUACGGAAAUAGGAAUGUUAACACUAACAGACCCUAACAUAAGUAACCAAAAAGGACACUAAUAAUUCUCUAAUGCUGGUCCAUCAUAAUAGUAAUAUAAGUUCAACAGAAAAACCAUCAUCUAGUGACAAAUAUCUACCAUCAAUUGACAUUAUAAACGAAUUGAAACAAGUUAGUAUACAGUCAACUAAAGGUCUUCCAAGACAUUACCAUCAUCUUACUGAUGCCAGUGUAUCACCACUGUAUACAAAUAUGUAGUGCAUAUCAUAAAUCAUAACUAGUUGAAGCAAACAGAAAGACAACGAUGGGAACAAUAUCAAUGAAUACAACACUAUUAGUUAGUUAACGAAGCAAAAAAGUAGAAUGAUUAUGAUGUAGUUUCUUAUGUAUUUUCUUCCUUUUUGAUGAAACAGUUUUUAGCCAAAAAAGAUAAUAUAUAUAUAUGUACACUUUAUUUUUAGUCUAUCUGAUUGUUAAAUAUUACAAGAUAUUUUUGCUAUCCAA